AGGAUGCCUUUCCUCAUUUACACGGCUAAAUCGUCUCGCUUAUGGCAAUUUGAAUUAUACUGAAUGAUCGAUUUAAAAGGGGAAAACAAAACACGAUCAAAACGAACGUUUGAUUGCGAUUGGAAACAACUGGACUGAAUGGAUCUGAAUGUCAAGGGCAGCUCUCUUCCGUCAAUGCCGGAACAUCUAACCCCUGCCAGUAUGAAACCAGUCCCAGAGGCCCUGGGCAGCAGAAAGAACCAGACGGCCACAGAGAUGAGUGCCGACAAAGCGAUCCUCAUGGACAAAGCUGCUGCUCAGUUGGCUGCCACCUUGCAAGAAGGCGUCCUGCACAAAAUCAACGGGCACGACCCUCUGACCGAGACCCUGAAAGACUUGACCUCUCGGGUGCUAAAUGGGGAGCAGGACAAGGUGGCCAAGCUGUGCGUAGAACCACUGGUCUUAAAGGGAACGGAGUCGCCCCCACAGCACACCAGCCCCCAGAAAAAGAGCGAAUCGCCUGAGAUAAAGCUGAAGAUCACCAAAACUGUCUCCAACGGGAAGCCCCGAUUCGAGUCCUGCUUCUGUGAGGACGAGGAUGGUGUGACCAUCAACACCACCGCAAUGGAGAAAAGGAAGGGUGGAAAAAAUAAAGGGAGAGUGAAGCGGAAGAGAAACCUCAAGUUUGACCAGCAGCUGGAGCCAGAGAGCUCCUCUCCUGUGCUGCUGCCGCCACCACCACCAGUGCAGACAUCCCCACCACCCCCAUCGGGUAACCCAGAAGAGAUUCAAAAGGGGUCCCAUAAAGACAAAGAGUUGGACCUCCCGUUGAAGUUCAAUGUAGGGGAUGUGGUCUGGACCAAGGUGUCUGGGUACCCCUGGUGGCCUUGCAUGGUUGCAACGGAUCCAAAUCUGAACCAUCACGUUAAACUGAAAGGACAGAACAGCAGGACUUUAGUGCAAUAUCACGUGCAGUUCUUGGGGAAUGCUCCCGAAAGGGCCUACAUAUAUGAGAAGAGCAUCUUCCCCUUUGAGGGGCAGGAGCAGUACGAGGGCCUGUGCCUGGAGAGUGCCAAGCAAGCCACGUCCAGGAGCGAGAAAAAAAAGUUGCUCAAACCAGUUUCAGUGAAGUUGCGCACACAGUGGGAUUUUGGCAUCACCCAAGCACAAGAAGCCCUGGGGAUGACGCUGAAGGAGCGGAUGGCCAAGUAUGCGUUCGUCUACGAGAACAAGAGGCCUAGGCUGAACCCGCGGGUGCUUCUGGAGGUGGGGAUCGAGGCAGGGCCUUGGGGCGAGACCAGCGAGACAUCGGAGCCGGAAGAAAAAGAGGCCGACGCAGAUUUGAAACCAGCUGUACAGAACACCCCUUCCCGCACACGCACUAGCACUUCAAGGACUAGAAAGACUCCUGUGAAUAAGGUAUCUGAAAGGACAGAACCAGGAAAGGGGCGCAGCACCCUAGUUAAUAAAAGGAAAAACAGGGCAGCCCCCACUCCCAGGAGACGGAAAAACGCAGCACAGCCAACCAGCCAGGUUGUUGCAGAGUCCCCUGAUGCUUGUAAUGAAAGUGGCAAUAAAGACUUGCUUCAAUCCGUGAUGAGUCCACAGAGCAGCAAGAAGAAAGCCGUGGUUAAAACCAAGGCUGUAACUGGGAAGGCUCGGGCUGGGAUCACCUCUCCUCUUCCAGGCUCAGAGAAAAAAGCAGAAGAGACCCAACCCAGCACUGCUCAAAAAACUAAAAAAAGGUCAGGACCCAAAGGAAAGGCAGAAGUAGCACAACCUAAAAGAUCGAAAAAGAGGCCCUUGGAUACAGAAGACCUUCCAGCACGACCCCAGAAGCGAGUCAGACGGGAGGGCAGUCCCAGUCGCAAGAAGAACCCAAUUAAACCAUCUAAAUCAAAACCUGCUCCAGAGACUGAAGUAUCGCAAACUGCCUUGGAUGUGCAGAAUAGCCAGUCUGAAAGUAAACUGUCGGACAAGUGCAAGCCCCUGAAGAAGCGAAAGCGCUCGUCUGCCGGGGGGGAAGCGCUGCUUGCCCCGGCCAGCAAGAGCGCCUCCCCUCCAGCCUCCUCCACAGAACAUGAGACCUCCUCUGACGGGCACGGGGACGAGCGUCCAGAGUCUCCUUGCGAAAGUGUCGAUGAGGUUCAGACAGAGGCAUCUGUCUCCUCCAAGAAGUCUGAACGUGGAGGGAAUGUGAAAAAGGAUAAUAUGUGUCAGGUUUGCGAAACUAUUGGCGAUUCGCUGAUUCUGUGUGAAGGGCAGUGCUGUGGCCAUUUCCACUUGAAUUGCUUGGGGCUGACUGAGAAACCGGAAGGAAAGUUUCUUUGUCCUGAAUGCACCUCCGGAAUCCACUCUUGCUUUGCAUGCAAAAAGAGUGAUGGGGAAGUGAAGCGCUGCAUGGUUCUCCAGUGUGGUAAAUUCUACCAUGAAGACUGCGCAAGGAAGUACCCUCCGUCUGUGUUUUCAAACAAGGGCUUCCGCUGCCCCUUACACUCCUGUGUCAGCUGCUUCGUCAACAAUCCCUCAAGCCUCAAAUCUACUAAAGGUAAAAUGGUGCGUUGUGUGCGCUGCCCUGUUGCCUAUCACACGGGGGAUGUGUGCAUUGCAGCAGGAUGUGAGGUCCUGGCCUCUCACAGCAUCAUCUGCACCAGCCACUUCACAGCCAAGAAAGGGUACAGCCACCAUGCACACGUCAACGUCAGUUGGUGCUUUGUCUGCUCCAAAGGGGGCAGUCUGUUGUGCUGCGAAUCCUGUCCUGCUGCUUUCCACCCUGACUGUCUCAAUAUAGAGAUGCCAGAUGGAAGCUGGUACUGCAACGACUGCAAGGCUGGCAAGAAGCCCCAGUACAGAGACAUCAUCUGGGUCAAACUGGGCAACUACAGAUGGUGGCCGGCAGAGAUCAGGCAUCCGCGGGGAAUCCCCACAAACAUCCAGCACCUGCGCCACGAGAUCGGGGAGUUUCCCGUGUUCUUCUUCGGCUCCAAGGAUUACUUCUGGACACACCAGGCCCGUGUCUUUCCCUAUAUGGAGGGCGAUCGGGGGGGCAAAUACCAGAAGAUGAAGGGCAUCGGGAAAGUCUUCAAAACAGCUCUACAGGAAGCGGAAAAGCGUUUUCAGGAGAUCAAAAAGGAACGAGAAGCAAAGGAAGCCCAGGAGAAUGAACGCAAACCACCAGCCUACAAGUACAUCAAGGUGAACAAGCCCUGUGGGAAGGUGCAGAUCUACACGGCAGACAUCUCUGAGAUCCCCAAGUGUAACUGCAAGCCUUCGGACGAGAGCCCGUGUGGCUUUGAGUCGGAAUGCUUGAACAGGAUGCUCAUGUACGAGUGCCACCCUUCUGUGUGCCCAGCAAGAGAGCGCUGCCAGAACCAGGGCUUCACCAAGCGCCAGUACCCAGAGACCAAGAUCAUCAAGACUGUGGGCAAAGGCUGGGGGCUGGUGGCCAAGAGAGACAUCAAAAAGGGGGAGUUUGUGAAUGAAUAUGUGGGGGAGCUGAUAGAUGAAGAGGAGUGCAGAGCAAGGAUUCGAUAUGCUCAGGAGAACGAUAUCUCUCAUUUCUACAUGCUCACCAUUGACAAGGACCGGAUCAUUGAUGCUGGGCUCAAAGGGAACUACUCUCGCUUCAUGAACCACAGCUGCCAGCCCAACUGUGAGACGCAGAAGUGGACGGUGAAUGGAGACACAAGGGUGGGAUUGUUUGCUGGGUGUGAUAUUCCGGCAGGGACAGAGUUGACCUUCAAUUAUAACCUCGACUGUCUGGGCAAUGAGAAGACUAUCUGCAGGUGUGGAGCUCCUAACUGCAGUGGAUUUCUUGGAGACCGGCCCAAGAAUGCAACUAGCAAUACCUCAGAAGACAAAGGGAAGAAAGGCAAGAAGAAGCUGAAGAGGCGCAAGUCUCGUAACGAAGUGAAGAAGCAGUCUGAAGACGAGUGCUUCCGCUGUGGCGAUGGGGGAGAACUGGUGCUCUGUGACAAGAAGACCUGCACCAAGACCUACCACCUAUCCUGCCUCGAUCUCACCAAGCGUCCUUUCGGACGAUGGGACUGCCCGUGGCAUCACUGUGAUGUCUGUGGGAAAAACUCUGUAACCUUUUGCCAAUUCUGCCCAAACUCCUUCUGUAAAGAGCACCAGGAGGGGGCGCUGUUCGCAUCACCUGUGGACGGACGGCUACGUUGCUCUGAACACGAAGAUCUGGAACAAAGCCACGCUCAAGAAAUCGUGGCAACAGAACAGGAACCAGAAACGCCUUCAGAGAAGCAGACUGGGAAGUCCAAGCCUACCAAGAACUCCAGGAAAAGCUUAGGCUGAGCACUGUUGGGUGGGAGAGAGACUAAUUGCAGUUCCAAGCUGCUAACACUAUUCUGUACAUAUAAAACACACCACUUCCCACAGUGAAUGUUUAUCAGAACUGUACAGCUUACUGUAUUUUCAGGGAAAACAAUUCCCCCGUCAUUGAGCCAUACAAACAGGUUUAAUCUUUUUUUUUUUUUUUUUUUUUUUUUUUAUUAAUGCAUCUGUACUGAUACUCAACUGUGGUAAGCACAAGACUAAACUUUACAGCAUUACAGUUUACACUUGAAUUAUUUUAUUUAACAAACUUUUUUCUGGAAAAUAUAAUACGGUAGAGAUAUAUAUUUUUUAAAGUCCAUAAUAAUAAAUAAGACUGGAAAUUUGUCAGAGUUGCGUAAAACAUUUACCAGCCAAUCAAGGUGUUUUAAGAAUUGUAAUAUCUUCAACAAAAAAAGACACUAUUAGUAGCUCUUGAUUUCUGUCUUUCUGUAUUCGUGUAGUUUGCAUUUAAGUUGUAAUACUUGUGUUUUAUUUGUUUGGGGGUUUUUUUGUAGCUCAACUGGUCUUUAUGAAGAAUAGUAUCAAACAUUUUUGCAAUACUUGUUCAGGGUUACCAGACACCCCUACUGCAGGGAAACUAAUAUUAAAAAGAAUAUUACGUUUUAUUUAUCCAUUAAUGUCAAGUUUAUUUUGCAAUAUACACAUUAUUUUUUAUUUUGAUUGGGCUGGGUAGUUGCAGAACUAAUUAGCCUUCCUCCUGUUUGGGAGUUCCUGAUACUGUUUUCAAAGUGAUUGUAGUAAGCGCAGUCAAGAGUGACCAGUCUGCUGCUAAUCUCGAAGAUCUCUUAAAGCACUUAUAUUGUGAAAACACUGGUACAGCAGGAUUCAGACUCGGCUGUGACUGGGUGGGUGUCCUGCACAGGGGCUUGGUAACUAUCUUCACAUUGCAUUAGUGCAUCGGUAAAUUUAGGGAUGAGGAGAGUGUUCAGUGUUUCCUUUUUUUUUUU